CAGCACUCAAUUGAAUAAUUACAAUGAUAACGAUUAAUGAUUAAGCCAGUGAUUGUUCAGUAUGAGGUAUGAGAAGAUCGAGGAAAUUAACACUGCCAGUUUGCUUACGCGUCAUUUCCACAGGAUGCCACGUGAUCAAUGAUCAUUUACUCUUUUCAUUUAAAUGCUAAAAGGUUGAAUGCUAUAAGACUCACAAGUUCACUACUCAGUUCAUAAAAUUAUUAGUUUUGGACUGAAUUUUGGCGUUUGAGAUAAUAGGUUGAAAUCCAAGGCUGGGGUCAUCUGCACAAAUAAUUUACAUUUAGGUGCUCAUUUCGGAAAGACUUCAAUUUUAGGGUAUUUCUAUAUCCUUUCCCUUUCAUUUCUUCUCUUUCUAGGUUAUGGUGGAAGGCAUAGAACAGAAUAACCACAUAGCAUCCACACUUUUUCUCUCGUGUGUCACUUGCAUAUAUAUAUACUGAAGAGAAAGAUGAAGUGAGUAGAUGAUGAUGAUGGCGAGUUCAAGAGAAGGUCAACAAGCGAAGCAAGAAGGUGGCGCCAUUAAUAUUGACAAGUUUUCCAAGGCAUCUUCCAGUACAAGACAAUGGUCAGCGUUCAGAAAUCCAAGAAUUGUGAGAGUGUCACGUUCCUUUGGAGGAAAAGAUAGGCACAGCAAGGUUUGCACCAUAAGAGGGUUGAGGGACAGAAGGAUUAGGCUCUCAGUGCCCACAGCAAUUCAGCUAUAUGAUCUUCAAGACAAGCUUGGGCUAAACCAACCAAGCAAAGUGAUAGAUUGGUUGCUUGAAGCAACAAAACUCGACAUUGACAAGCUCCCUCCACUUCAAUUCCCUCAGGGUUUUGGUCAAUUUCAUCAUCCACAAACCCUACUCCCCUUUCAUGAUUCAAGUUCCUCUCAGCUUUCUCUCGGACCCUUCGGUGAAUCUAGCUCCUCAUUUGGUGGGGGGGUUCAAAACUCCAUGCCAAAGUCAAGGUAUUGGGACAGUAUAGAUUCAAUAUCAAGAUUGAAAGGCAAGGAAGCUGAAAAGGGCAAGUGGGUCAAAACAAACGAGGAAGAUCAUCAAAACCAUGAAGAUGAUGUUGUUGGAAGCUACAGCAACUUGCAUGCAUCUACUCAGAGGCUUUUCCCUAUGGGUAGUGGUGGUAGCACCACUACUCACACCCUUUUACCUGGUUUGUUGAACAACACCAUGCCAUAUAACCCCUACAAUGGUGAGCCUUCUGGUUUGUCCUUAUCCCAAUUUGGAGGCCAUGGCUUGUUGUUUCCUUCCCAGCAGGUAGAUCCAAGUCCAAGCAGUGCAAAUGGUGUUCAAUACCCAUCUUCUUUGGCAUUACCUUCAUCUGCUUCUCAAUUUUUCCUUGGUUCAUCUUCUGCUACACCACCAAUGUUCACUACCUAUGCUCCAUUUCUUACACCCUCGGUUGACAAUGAUCCUAGACAGUUCAACCACAUUCAGUUCUUGAACUCAGCUUCUCAAAUCUUGCCUCAUCCUCUCAUUCCAUCUCUUCACUCCUUCAAUCCACAUGUCAGACCCUUCCCUGCAACACCCUUCAGUUCGAAGCUUUUGGACUCUGAUAGCAUCCGUAGCCAACAUGACAAGGGUAGCACUUCUUGAGUCUCAUCAUCACCAUUGUUCUUUCCGAGGUGUCAGAUUGUUGCCUCUAAUAAGCAGGCAGCAACGAGUGUGACCAGAUUCUUCAUAGAAACCACUCAAGAAUCUAAAUCACGUUAUAUUUUAUACACUUCAACCAAGGUGAGUGAGUACAUGCAUGUUUGUAGGUAUGGCAAUGCUAGCUAUACAUAUAUGGGAUCAAUAUUUUGUAUUUCAAUCUUUGUUAUUUCAGUCAUAGGUACCUUGUUGAGAAACCAUUCUGGGUACACGUUAGAAUAAGUACCGAACUAAAUGAAGGACUUCUCUUUCUUUCUUUCUUUCUUUCUUUCUUUCUUUCUUCAAUGCAUAUAUAUUUAGCAGCGUGAUCCAAGCUAAUUCAGUUACCAAUGUGCUAUAGCUUCAAAGGGUUUUAAGCUAUCAUUUUUCUUUUGAUCGCAACAAACAUCUGACAUUGAAUAAUGCAUACGAUGUAGCUUGAAAGGAUGACCAUAAAAUAAAGUUGA